UACACAUUUGACAUUUCUUUACACAUAGUACAAUAAUGCUAGUUGACAUUUUUUUAGUGUAUAGUUGUUUCAGUAAGAAGGUUGACAAUUGCUCGUGAUCACGUCAUAAAUUAAUUAAUGCGACUUUUAAUUUGCAUUUCGUGUUUGCCUUAAAACGUGUUUUGAUAUAGGACGAUUCCAAUUUCCCUCACUCCCCAUCUAACAAUUAUAAUUUAUAUCUGCUAAUUACAGGAUCCCGUAAUUAAUAGUGAAAUCAAACUGUUUUAGAUCAUAAUUAAUACGAGAUGGCGGCUAAUGGAGAUGAGGAUAUUCAACCCCUUGUUAUUGAUAAUGGCUCUCACAUGAUCAAGGCUGGUUUCGCAGGUGAAGAUGACCCAAGGUCAAUUUUCCGGAGCAUAAUCGGGCAUCCUGAUCAUCCAAUUGUGACCGGGGGGCAAAAAGAUUUUUAUGUCGGAGAUGAAGCUCUAAUGAAAAGGGAAAUUCUUACACUGAAAUAUCCAAUCGGACGCGGUGUCGUAAAUAAUUGGGAUGACAUGGAGAAAAUUUGGCAUCACGCGUUUUACAACGAGCUUUGUGUCGAUCCCGAAGAGCACCCUGUUCUUCUCACAGAAAUACCUUUCAACCGUAUGUCGAAGAGAGAGAAAAUGACCGAAAUCAUGUUCGAGACCUUCAAUGUGCCAGCUAUGUAUGUUGCUAUCCAGGCUGUCCUUUCACUCUAUGCUAGUGGUCGAACAACCGGUAUAGUGCUCGAUUCUGGUGACGGUUUGACCAACGUUGUUCCUGUUUACGAGGGACAGACGAUCACAAAGGCUAUUUCGCCUUUGAAUUUGGCCGGUCAUGAUAUCACUGAUUAUCUAAGGAAGAUUUUGGGUGAUGAGAGAGGCUACGUGUUCAAACAACGGGAAAUUGUGCGUGGCGUAAAGGAGAAACUUGCUUACGUGGCAUUGGAUUUCGACGAAGAAUUGAAGGCUGCAGAUAAUAAUAUUAAUAAUAAAAAAAAUAGUCCAUCUUCCGCACUGGAGAAGAGUUACGAGUUGCCUGAUGGACACGUGAUCACGGUGGGUUCCGAGAGGUUCUGUUGUGGGGAAGUUUUGUUCCAGCCUUGGUUGGUCGGAACGGAAGCUUCCGGAAUCCACGAGAUGAUUUAUAACUCGAUUGCGGAAUGCGAUGUGGAUAUACGCAAGGAGUUAUAUGGAAACAUUGUGCUAAGUGGUGGGUCCACUUUGUUACCUGGUUUUGCGGAUCGUUUGAGCAAGGAAAUAACCGGUCUUGCUCCGAGCGGAACGAGGAUUAAGGUUGUCGCUCCGCCUGAGAGGACCUCUAGUGUUUGGAUUGGUGGAUCAAUUCUUGCAUCACUCGAUAUUUUUCAACAGAUGUUGAUAACAAACGCAGAGUAUGAGGAAUUUGGUCAUGAAAUUGUACAUAGGAAGUGUUCCACUAAUGAGUUUGCCUGAAUAUGUUUCUUAAUUAGGAGUAAAUAAUUUGUAAUUUGAGAUUUAUUCAGUUGUUGAUUGUGACUUGUGAGUUGAAUUUGUGUGGGAAUAAAUAAAAGAGGUGUGAACUGGAAUUGGAAGUUAUAACUUAUAAGUUAUAAGUUCCUAAGUACCACACCUCUUAAAUAAUGGACUUGUAAUGUAAUAACCUUAGCAAAAAUGCGCAUGUUUUUUUCUUUAAUGUGUAAACUGUAAACAGGGAAUUGUAUCAAAAUGUAUG